GCUUGUGACCUGCAGGGGUCAAGCCCUGAUUGCCUAUGGCCUGGUUGUACCCCUGGCACCACUGACACUAAAUGAUCAGUCUUUCUCUCUGUUCUUCUGGAGUAGCUGUGUUAUGGAGGUUCAACAGGAGUAAAAUGUCUGGUCAAGCUCAGUACUAUAUAGAAACCUUUGUACAGAAGAGGCAAGUGUGAGGGCAGUGCCAGCCAUAUAGUGAAGGCAGCUGGCCCUGCUGGGGGGACCAUGCUGGAGGACAGGAACCAGGAGGAUGGGGUCACAAGGCCCCUUCUGCAGGGUCCAGAGGGAGGAAAGCCUGAGCAGCCAGAGCCACAACUCCUCCAGCAUGUACAAAAGUCGCAUGAAUGGAUUGGGGCAGGAAUGGGAUGCAGCCGCUGGACAGCUGUUGUUGGGAGUCUCUUCGUAGUUGCUGUAUUCAGCAUCAUUGCUCUCAUUCUCAUUGCUGUGGAGGUGAAGAAUGUUCUCCUGCCUCCGGGUACCAAGUACGCGAUGGUAUUUGAUGCGGGGUCCUCACACACCGCUCUCUACAUCUACCAGUGGCCAGCAGAUAAGGAGAAUGACACUGGCAUUGUCAGCCAGGUAGAGGCCUGUACUGUUGCAGGACCUGGCAUCUCCAGUUACAUUAAUAAUCCCUCUAAGGCCGGAGCUAGUCUGAAGGUGUGUCUGGACAAGGCUAUGACAGUCAUCCCUGCAAAUCAACAAAGGGAGACACCCACCUACCUUGGAGCGACAGCAGGCAUGCGGCUGCUGAGGGAGCUGAACAGCACAAAAGCUGACCAGGUCUUGGCAGAGGUCUCCAAGGCCAUUCAAGAGUACCCUGUGGACUUCCAAGGAGCUCGCAUCCUCACUGGGAAUGAGGAAGGCUCCUUUGGCUGGAUCACGGUCAACUACCUGUUGGAGACACUCAUCAAGUUCUCCUUUUCAGGGAAAUGGGUACAUCCGUAUGGAACUGAAGUUUUGGGAGCUCUGGACCUUGGAGGAGCCUCAACUCAAAUAACCUUCCAGCCUAGUGGCACCAUUGAGGACAACAGCACCAAAGUUUUCUUCAGGCUGUAUGGCACCAACUACUCGAUUUACACUCACAGCUACCUCUGUUAUGGGCGAGACCAGGCCUUGAAGAUGCUUCUGGCAUCUCUAAGCAAGGAUAACAUCACUGCUCAGCAGAUUUCCCAUCCAUGCUACCCCGAGGGAUAUGAGAUGAACAUCACUACAGCUGCCCUAUAUGACAGUCCCUGUGUCCUAGCUACAUCCACCCCCAGCAAGACCCUCACAUUCAGAGGGACGGGGGUAUCAGCUGAGUGCAGGAGCAGCAUCCAGAAGCUCUUUAACUUCACUGCAUAUGGGGCAGGAAAGAUGCGUGGAUUCAGCGGGGUUUACCAGCCACUGGUGCAUGGGCAGUUUUUUGCCUUUUCUGGAUUUUAUUACACUUUCAACUUCCUGAACCUGACCAGCGGGCAAUCCUUCAGCACUGUCAACACCACCAUCUGGGAAUUCUGCGCCAAAAACUGGAAGGAGCUGCAGGCCAGCUACCCCCAGGAGAAGGAGGUACACCUGAGCAAUUACUGUGCAUCGGCCUUCUACAUCCUGACGCUGCUACACGGCGGCUACGGAUUCAACGAGCAAACAUGGAGCAACAUCCAUUUCCGCCAACAGGCUGGAAACACAGACAUCGGCUGGACCUUGGGCUAUGUAUUGAACCUUAGCAACAUGAUCCCCACAGAGGCUCCGGAACAAGUGACAGGACACUGGCACAGUCUUUGGGCAGCUGCUGUCGCCUUUAUUGUGCUGACCCUCAUAGUGGGUCUGGUGGGCAUCGCACUCCAGUUCCUCUGGAGUUCCAAGUAGCUGUCUGGAUAAUGGACUUAACCGCCCCUUCACAAAUAAGAAAAGGAAACGUGGCUCCAGUGGGACUUUGUCAUUUUCCACCAUUUCAAGAUAUCUUUUGAGUUUAUCCCUGCUAAUGCCUACCUCUGAAAGGGGCAACUUGAUCACAAUCUACAAGUCCAUCCAUGGGGAAAAGAUUUCUUAUAAUAGAUUUUUUUUUAAUCUAAUAGACAAAAGUCUGAAAGAUGAAGUCAAACAGAUUCAGACUAGAUGCAAGUUUGUUUGUUUGUUUUUUCCCAAGGAGGGCGAUUAACCACUGGAACGUCUUAUCAAGCCUGAUGGUAGAUUUUUCCAUCCCUUAAUGUUUUUAUAGUGAGAAUGAAAGUUUUUCUAAAAGGCACCCUCCACCUCAGCUAGAAGCUAUGGGUCUGAUGCAGGAAUUAUUGGGCAGGGCUCAGUGGUCUGCUUUAUCCAAGAGGUCUGACUGGAUGAUAAUAGUAAGCCUUUAGGGCCUAAACAUCCAUGAAUCCCACUGCUGAAGACUCCU